AUGGAGAUAGUCCCACAGAUGAAACAUCAGGUCUUCAAGGUCAGAACUCUGGCAGUACCAGACUGUUUUGAUUACCGUAGCAUUACGGUUAUUCCACUGAUCACCAACAUAAUGGAGUCCCCAGUGCCCCCUCAUUCCUCACAUUCUGCAUCCUUCCAUACUGUUUUGUCUUGCCACACGGGUUCAAGCAUUUCACCUGAGGCAGGGGCCAUGAACUUUGAGAAGGGUUUGAUGGAGGGUAACAUCCUGAAGGUGAUCUCUGCAGCCAGGGAGACUUUUAAGACAGUACCCAGUUCCUCACUGAACAUUGCUGUGACGGGGGCCUCUGGUAAUGGCAUGUCUACCUUUAUCAAUGGGCUGCGAGAUACCAAGCAUGACGAGGAGGCUUCGGCUCCCAUUGGUGUGGUGAGAACCACCCAAAUACGUGUCCCUUACUCUUGCUCCUGCUUUCCAAAUGUGAUGCUUUGGGACCUGCCUGGCAUGGGUGCUGUUCCCCAGAGCCUGGAGAACUAUGUGAGGGAAAUGAAGUUCAACCAGUAUGACCUCAUCAUCAUCAUUGUGUCUGAACACCUCAGCAUGAAUCAUGUGAUGCUUGCCAAAGCCAUUGAGAGCAUGGGCAAGAAGUUCUACAUUGUCUGGACCAAGCUGGAUAGGGACCUGAGUACAAGUGUGCUCGUGGAGGAACAGCUUUUGAAGACCAUCCGAGAUAACAUCCUCAAAAAUCUCCAGAAUGAACAGAUCCACGAGCCCCCCAUAUUCCUGGUCUCUAGCCUUGACCCAUUAUUGUAUGACUUCCCAAAGCUCAAGCAAACAUUGCAAAUGGACCUCAUCCUUAUCAGGCAACAGGGUCCCCUUCAAAAGCUGUUCCAAAUCUGUGAGGAGAUCAUUAAUAAAAAAGUGUCCUCCCUGCUGGAGAGAAUAGACACACAGUCUUUCCAGGACAUUUUUCACAUCCAGGAUCCAGAUGAUUCAGAGGAGUGUCUGAAAGUCUGCAAAUUAUUCUUUGGUGUGGAUGAUGACUCCCUCCAGCAGGUGGCACAGAGUAUGGGGACAACAGCCACUGAAUACAAGAACAUCAUGAAAUCCAAGGACUUACAGAGUCUCAGCAAUUGGGACCAGGUGAUUUCUUGGACAGAUUGUAAUACAGCUUAUUACUUACAAAGUGUUUCUAGCUACAUACCAUUCAUUGGUGGCUCUAUUAACUGCCACCUCAGAUGGGUAAAACACAGACGUUUCCUGGAGGUAGUUGCUGAGGACACCAAGAACAUCCUGAGGAAAGUCCUGAGCGACUCCAUCAUCUCAAGAGCUCAACUUUCAUAG